AACGGGGUGGUCUUUCAAGCAGUUAGGGCAGUUUUUGCAGAGAAGCGGAAAGUGUUUGAGUUGUUGCCAGUCUUACGAGGUAGCAUGUAAUGAAUCUGUAGUCUUUUGUUUUUGCAAUAUGAAGAAUGGAAGAAGACGAUGUUACCAUCAGAGAGCAGAAUUUCCAUAGCCAAGUCCGGGAGUACAUCAUUUGCUUCCUACUGUUUGCAGUCCUCUAUAUUGUGUCCUACUGCAUCAUAACGCGAUACAAGAGGAAGUCUGAUGAUCAUGAGGAUGAAGAUGCUGUUGUCAACAGAAUAUCAUUGUACUUGUGCACCUUCACCCUGGCAGUGUCGGGUGGUGCCGUCUUCCUACUGCCUUUUUCAAUCAUUAGUAACGAGAUCCUCCUCUCCUUCCCCAAAAACUAUUACAUUCAGUGGCUCAAUGGCUCCCUUGUUCACGGUCUGUGGAACCUGGUGUCACUGUUCUCCAACCUUUGCCUUUUUGUCCUGAUGCCUUUUGCUUAUUUCUUCUUGGAGUCUGAAGGAUUUGCAGGAUCAAAAAAGGCUUCUUCUCAACGGCCAAAGCAGCAGGGCAUUAAGGCGCGCAUCCUAGAGACCUUUGUGAUGCUCUUCCUGCUGGCUUUGCUCAUCCUAGGCAUUGUGUGGGUGGCAUCAGCACUCAUUGACAAUGACGCAGGCAGCAUGGAGUCACUAUACGAUCUUUGGGAAUUCUACUUACCAUACCUCUACUCCUGUAUAUCUCUGAUGGGAGGACUGCUUUUACUAAUGUGCACUCCCGUGGGAUUGUCCAGGAUGUUCACCGUAAUGGGCCAAUUACUAGUAAAGCCAACAAUCCUGGAAGACCUGGAUGAGCAGAUUUACUGCAUCCAUUUGCAGGAGGAAGCCCUUCAGAGGAGAUUAAAUGGUUCAUCCUCACACGCUUAUACUCGAAGAAGCUUUGCUCAGCAGCUCAACAAAGAAUUGGACAAUAUUAGAAAUCAGAGAAAUAAACUGGAGAGAAGAAAGAAAGCAUCAGGUUGGGAGAAAAACUUGUUGUAUCCCAUAGUGAUGCUGAUCCUGCUCACAGGAACGACAAUCUCGGUUCUUAUGGUGGCAUUCAAUAUCCUCUACCUUCUAGUGGAUGAGACUGCAAUGCCCAAGGGAUCUACAGAGAGAGGCAUUGGGAACACUUCUCUGUCCACAUUUGGUGUGGCUCAGGCGGUGCUGGAGAUCAUCCUCAUGUUCUACUUGAUGGUGUCCUCUGUGGUUGGCUUCUACAGCUUGCGAGUCUUUGAAGGGCUCACUCCCAGGAAGGAUGACACAACCAUGACAACGAUCAUUGGUUGCUGUGUGUCAAUCUUGGUCCUGAGUUCAGCCCUUCCAGUGAUGUCCAGAACUCUAGGUAUCACCAGGUUUGAUCUCUUGGGAGACUUUGGGAGAUUUAAUUGGCUGGGAAACUUUUACAUCGUCCUGUCGUACAACCUGCUGUUUGCGGUCGUGACAACGCUCUGUCUUGUGAGAAAGUUCACUUCAGCAGUGAGGGAAGAGCUCUUAAAGGCUUUAGGUCUGGAUAAAUUGCAACUGUCAAACAGCCCAACAGACCCUGAAUCUGGGAAACUCUCAGCCAAUGGGCAUCAGAAAACUCUGUGAAAAGGAUGAUAGAUCAGCAGACACACACAAACCUUAGCACAGCCAAAGGGAGAUUUCAACAGUGCUGCCUGACCGCUGAAAAGUGAACGGAAUUGGAAGGAACGUAAUAAACCCAGGCAGUGUCUGAUGGAUGCUGCAAAUGGAGGCUGAGAGCAAUUUAGCUUCAUGACAUUCCAUCUUCUGCAUCUGGGAUGUUAGGCUGGGACAGAGCCAGGGAAGAGGCUGAGGAGUGAAAUGGACUGGCAUCACUGCAGUGACCUUGAUGUUGACCUCAACCAUGUCUGUGACUUUAAACCAUCCAUCUCUUGCAUCAGGGGCACCCCCCUCCCCUUUCUUCUCAGUCACACUGCUCAUCCUCUGUUCUCACUAUAGUACAGUACAUUGAGCCCCACAUUUCAGUUAUUCAUUUUUUAAGCAAUCUGUACUUGGUUGUAAAUUUUUUAUAAAGUCCUAAAUCUAAUGCAAAUCUGUGAGCAGUCUUCACAUACAGAGUUCAAGAGUGAAAAUCGUCUGAACUGUGACAUUCACCAGAACCACCUUAAAUGCCUUAUAUGAUAAGCAUCUCGCUUAAGGAUAUUUCUUGUUAUGUGCCGUUUAUGUACAUGCACUUAUGUGGACAUGUACAUCGUUUGGCUCCAGAUAGUUCCACUGUGAUUCCCCCAUACACUGACAAGUUUCUAGUCUACAGCCAGCUGGAUAUAACGUUAAAUUCCUUUUUGGCAUGUUUCAUUAGCUUUCAUCUAGUGAGAGGCUCCGUUUUGAGACUUAUUCAAUACCAAUCAAACUUGAGCACUUGCUAAAGAUAGAGUUGGGUGUUCGAAUUAUGUUUUAAACUUUUGUUUCUCAGGAUAACAAAUGUUUCACAUUAAAGCUGUCUGCCAGUGGUUAUGGAUAUGUUACAGGAUUUAAAGACAAAUCUGCAACCGGCAAUCCUAAAAUUAAUGCUGAGCCCAUCUUCUCAAAUGAGCAAAUUGGACCUGAGAUUGUUUUGUAGAGGGUAAUCUAUACAUAUUACAUCUGAAAUCCAAGCAGGACCAUGUUUCUAAUUUCAAAGGUAUCAUUUCAAUAGUGCAGGUUUACCCUUUUUUUUACCAGCAGAAAGAAAUGGUAGAUGUUUUUGGUAUGGCAUGUGUCAUCUCGUGUUGUUUACUGCUGUGAAAAGGCAAAAUGUCACAAAGUGAUAUGGUGAAGCAAGUGGGAUGACAGUAAAUUUGUUUUUUUUUUAAAAAGCAUUAGAGCAAAAGGAAAUGUUUCAUUAGGAUGAAAUACAAGAUAGCUUGUUUUUUGUUUUGGUUUUUAUGUAGUUCUUUUUUUUUUUUUGCAGCUCCAUCAUAGUUAUGUUUAUAUCCACUCUGUUACAGACUGGAUUCUGCUCUGCAGCAGUGAUGUCAGACCUCUCAUAUAACAUCACAAUCAGUCACAGAAGCUACUGAGGUUAGAGCUUACAGGGCCAUUUAACACUGAAGCAAGUUUUUCUUGUUGCCUUCACAGUACAUAUCUGUUAUGUGGGGGUUUCAGAAGUUGAGAAUUGGCCUGAACUGUAGUUGAAGCUGCAUUUUUUUUCUGUUUGUCAGUUGGUCUGCAUGUAAUUUUUGGUAUGUUUCGUGAAUGUAUUUUUUUACUAUUUCUCAGUUUGCUAAAUGUACAGUUUGUUAUUUUUGAUGUUUGUGUUUGCAAAUAAAAUUAUAAUAAU